AUUUUCCACUCCUUGAGCCCGUCAGCACCCGCAUCAGACCGUUGUUGCCGCUCCGGCCGCCGCGCCACCUCCUAUAUAAGGGAGAAACACCCUGCGACGAGGAGACACAUCGGCGAGGUCCCUUUAUCCUACCAACCCCCACUCCACCUACUCCCCCACCCACCUCGUGCUCCACGUGCGAUGGAGUUCCUCCUCGCCUCUCGAUCCAUUAGGGCUUCAUUCUCCGCCACCGCCGCCGCCGGCGGCACCAGGGGCUGUUCCCCGUUGCCGUCGCGCGUCGCCGUCCUCGGCGGCGCCCGUGCCCGACCGCUCCGCUGCGGCCCCAAGGACUCGGUUCUUGAGGAGCUGGCACGGGACGAUAUGUUGAACGCGACGGAGCUGGUCCAAUGGGAGAACGGCAUGUCCAUCAACGACAUAGCGGCUAGCCAGGGCAUCCGCAUCCGCAGGCACCGCCGUCCCACGGCCACCUUGAAGGAGAUUGAGGAGGAGCUGGGAGCACCCCGCAACAUCCUGGAGAAGAUCAUUUGGGACAAGGAGUUUGAGGUAGCUGAGGGGCAUGCCAAGAAGCCUCUGAAGGAGGUUAUUGAGGCUGCGAAGGAGGCCCCUCCUGCAGGAGACUUCUUUGGUGCUUUGGCAGCUGCCUACAAGUGUAAUGGGGUGCCAGCGUUGAUUGCUGAGGUCAAGAAGGCAUCCCCAAGUAGGGGUGUGCUGAGGGAGAACUUCAAUCCUGUUGAAAUUGCUCAAGCUUAUGAGAAGAAUGGAGCUGCGUGUCUGAGCAUCUUGACUGAUGAGAAGCACUUUCAGGGAAGCUUUGAGAAUCUUGAGAAGGUGCGCAACUCAGGAGUUAAGUGUCCUCUUCUAUGCAAAGAGUUUGUCAUUGAUAAGUGGCAAAUCUAUUACGCUCGCUCUAAGGGUGCUGAUGCGAUUCUGCUAAUUGCUGCUGUACUACCUGAUCUUGACAUAAAGUACUUUCUUCGGAUUUGCAAAGAGUUGGGAAUGACAGCUCUUAUUGAGGUUCAUGAUGAAAGAGAGAUGGAGCGUGUGCUGAAGAUAAAUGGAGUUCAGCUUAUUGGCAUCAAUAACCGCAGCCUUGAGACAUUUGUUGUUGAUACUUCAAACACCAAGAUGUUGCUACAGAAGCAUGGGGAUAGCAUCAGGGAGAAGGGAAUUUUGGUCUUACAGAUAAUGAUUAGGGUAAUCGAGUCAUAUUGGAAGGCAAAGCUGAUUAGUUGCAGCAAUGAAGCUUAUUCAGAAAUGCGCAGGCGAACUGAGCAAUAGCUUAGUUGGUAGAAUCUCCAUUUGAGAGGCCGCCCACACGGGUGCUCCCAGGUUGUGAGUACCUCCCUUAAGGGUUCAGUACUCCCCUCUCCUAAGACAAAGCUAGGGGGAUUUCUUCUCCCCAUGAAUCGAGUUUUUUUUAUCUGAACAUAUAUGAAAACGACUUAACAGGAAACAAAUUUUCUUAGCACAGUCAUGAGUAUGAAACUGAAACCUACACAACUUAUCAUAAGUAAAUAUUUCAGCUUAUAUUCAGUAUUAUCCGAACUUUUACUGUUGUAGUGAUAUUGCAAGGGCAUUUUUCUAGCUUGCUCUUGAUUCCUUUAUUUGUAGAGUAAUCAGCUUAUUGUUAAUUCCUUCCUAAUUAUUUCCCUUU